AUGUGUUGCUGUAUUUGUGGUUUCCUAUUUUUAGCAUUAGUUGCUGUAAUUGUUUUGUUAAUUAUAAAAGGAAUUAUAAAAUUAUCUUAA